CGACCCCGGCUUUCAUUUGAGGCGGCGGCGGCGGUGGGAGGACCGGCCCCGGGCAGCUCGGCUGCCGGAAUGCGCUAGGACGCGACACCCUCUCCGCGCUUUGAUGUCCGUCUCGGGGUGCGGGGACUGACCAGCGUGGGACUUGGACUCAAGGGGUCGCGCGCGUGAACCCCUCCGUGUUUCCGAAGGGCAAAUCCGAGCGCCGCCUGAGAACCGGACCUUUAUAAAUGGAUCUGAAGACCGCCGUGUUCAACGCAGCGCGGGAUGGCAAACUCCGGCUCCUCACCAAGCUGCUGGCGAGCAAGUCCAAGGAGGAGGUUUCCUCCCUGAUCUCAGAGAAGACCAACGGGGCCACGCCCCUGCUGAUGGCCGCCAGGUACGGGCACCUGGACAUGGUGGAGUUCCUGCUGGAGCAGUGCAGCGCCUCCAUCGAGAUCGGGGGCUCCGUCAACUUCGACGGGGAGACCAUCGAGGGCGCCCCGCCGCUGUGGGCCGCCUCCGCCGCCGGGCACCUGAAGGUGGUCCAGUCCCUGCUUAACCACGGGGCCGCCGUCAACAACACGACUCUGACCAACUCCACCCCGCUCCGGGCCGCCUGCUUUGACGGCCACCUGGAAAUCGUGAAGUACCUGGUAGAACAUAAGGCUGAUUUGGAAGUGUCAAACCGGCAUGGGCACACAUGCCUGAUGAUUUCGUGCUACAAAGGACAUAAGGAGAUCGCUCAGUAUUUACUAGAAAAGGGGGCAGAUGUUAAUAGGAAAAGUGUUAAAGGUAAUACUGCACUGCAUGACUGCGCAGAGUCUGGAAGCUUGGACAUCAUGAAGAUGCUUCUUAUGUACUGUGCCAAGAUGGAGAAGGAUGGCUACGGAAUGACCCCCCUCCUCUCGGCAAGCGUUACCGGCCAUACAAAUAUCGUGGACUUUCUGACACACCAUGCCCAGACGAGCAAGACAGAGCGGAUCAAUGCGCUGGAACUUCUGGGAGCCACGUUUGUAGACAAGAAAAGAGACCUUCUGGGGGCUCUGAAAUACUGGAAGAAGGCCAUGACCAUGCGGUAUAGCGACAGGACUAAUAUCAUUAGUAAACCAGUGCCGCAGACACUGAUCAUGGCUUAUGAUUACGCCAAGGAGGUCAACAGUGCCGAGGAGCUGGAAGGCCUCAUCGCUGAUCCUGAUGAGAUGCGAAUGCAAGCACUGCUAAUAAGGGAGCGCAUUCUGGGUCCUUCUCACCCUGAUACCUCCUACUACAUCAGGUACAGGGGCGCCGUCUAUGCGGACUCGGGGAACUUCAAGCGAUGCAUCAACCUGUGGAAGUACGCCCUGGACAUGCAGCAGAGCAACUUGGACCCUUUGAGCCCAAUGACUGCCAGCAGCUUGCUGUCAUUUGCCGAGCUGUUCUCCUUCAUGUUGCAGGACAGGGCUAAAGGCCUGCUGGGCACAACGGUCACGUUUGAUGAUCUUAUGGGCAUACUGUGCAAAAGCGUCCUUGAAAUUGAGCGCGCCAUUAAACAAACUCAGUGUCCAGCUGACCCUCUGCAGCUGAAUAAGGCUCUGUCCAUCAUUCUGCAUUUGAUUUGCUUGUUAGAAAAAGUCCCCUGUACUCUGGAACAGGAUCAUUUCAAGAAGCAAACGAUCUACAGGUUCCUUAAGCUGCACCCCCGGGGAAAGAACAGCUUCAGCCCUCUUCAUUUGGCUGUGGACAAGAACACCACCUGUGUGGGGCGGUACCCCGUAUGUAAGUUUCCAUCACUGCAAGUGACUGCCAUCCUGAUAGAAUGUGGUGCUGAUGUGAAUGUCCGGGACUCUGAUGACAACAGUCCCCUGCACAUCGCCGCCAUCAACAACCAUCCGGACAUCAUGAACCUCCUCAUUAAAUCAGGUGCACACUUUGAUGCCACAAACCUGCACAAGCAAACGGCGAGUGACUUGCUGGAUGAGAAGGAAAUUGCUAAAAACCUGAUCCAGCCCAUCAACCACACCACACUGCAGUGCCUGGCUGCGCGUGUCAUUGUGAAUCAUAGAAUAUAUUACAAAGGGCACAUCCCAGAGAAGCUGGAGACCUUUGUUUCGCUCCACAGAUGAUAGUCUGACUGAUGGGGCCCUGCCGGAGCACGGAGACGGCUGUUUCCUGCACGAGCACUGUUGUGGUAACACCAGCAUUCACUCGGCUUGAUUGUGUUGUGCUCUCACUGGCUAACGCAUCGCAAGCGUCAGACUUACAGGAUUGGCUUCCCAGUAUUUAAUAUAAAUACACCAUAUAAUAUAUUGUUUGUGAAUUAUUGAAAAAUGUAACGUCCUAUUCAAAUUUCUGAAACUGUCUGCCAAAGGCUUAAUCCAUUCUGGUUUUGUUCGCGGUUGGUAUUUGGGACAGAGUUAUCUGGUUUUAAGUGGUGUCUUUAUACUCUACUAGUUUGUGAAUUUUAUACAGAUUGAAAGUCCUUUUUUUCCUCUGCUUAUUCCUUCUCUUCUCCAAGCUUUGUCCAUUUCUACUUUCUUUCCUAAACAUUUCUACCAGUUUCCCUGUGUAGACCCAUGCUAGCUCGUACAAACUUUAUGAACUCAUUACCAUUUGCAGUUACCGUAAGUGCUUUAUCUUUUCUAUGCACUGGCUUAAACUUGACUGUUGUAUGUUAGCAUAAUCCCUAUGCAGCAGUUGUCAGCUUCACUAAAACCCCUGGUUUCUUGUGUUCCUUAUGAAGUUCACUCUGAAAGUACUCUUUGAACAUGAGGAUUUGCUUAUCUGAGCUCAAACUUUCUUCUCCCCCCCCCCGCCGUGUUUUUAUUUUCCCCCUACAUAUGAGGUUUCUUUCUCUAAUUCUAUAGAAAUGUUGGUGUGCUAAUUUUGGGAAAGCAUUAUAAUUCAUUAGCCCAGUUGCAGAGCAGGUCUAUCCUCGUAACCUGUCUUGCAGAAGGAAUCCCCUUCUCCAGAAUGACCCCCUUCACCCCCGGGCUGCUCCAGCAUCAGCAUCAGCGUGGUCCUGCUUGUGCUCACCGUGUGACUAGGUGUAGAGAAUUUGCUUAAAUUGAACCUCAAAGUUAUCUAUCAAACUGCUUACAUCACAAGCCACGUUGAAAUACUCCAUCUUUGGACUGCCGCUCAGUGUUAGUUAGAAAAAGAGCUAAAGGGUGUUGGUGGCCUGGUGCUUGCCCUGCCCUAGGCUCCAGACUUGCACAGGUAUCCCUACGCCCUAUACUGUGGUGGCAUCGGAGGUCAGCAACGGCGCUCUUUGCCCUCUUCAAGCUGAUGUGCACCUUUGAGAUACUUGCAUGAAUUACUUUGGUCUCAGUUAUUGUCACCCUAGUUAAAUACAAAGGUUGCACAACGCUUUCUGUUCUGUUCUUUCAAGCUUCUUCUCUCUUUCUGUCCUCUCUUCUUCCUCCUCUUGACUCCCUCCCUCCUUCCCUUUUCUUCCUUCUCUCCUUUCUUUCACAUAUUUGCUAAUGCCACAGAAAGGGCUCUAUUUUAACUUAGGAAAAGAUAACUGAAAAGUACCAAAAAAAGAUUCAGGUAUUUGUCAUACAGCACUUUAUUCUUCAGAAUACAAUUGUGACGGCAUGUUUGUGCUGCGGAUGUCUUGCUGAAAUUGUGAGGAGCUCCUUGCAGAGUGGGCCUCAGAGUGUGAUGAGCUGGAGCUCACUGGAUUUGUAUUGGCUUUUGUUCGAGGUUGAUGUCAAGCUGUUCAAGUCUUGGCUGCAACAUAGUCAUGUAGGUUUACCUUCAUUUUUAUGCAGUACAGUUGUAAUGAAGAGCAGUAAAUUAAUACACAUUAGCAACUUUUGGGUUAAGUAAAGGUGUCCUCACUCAUUUUAUUAGGUUAUGCAUUUCACCAUUGGGAUAAAGUGGAUUAUGUAUCAGUGGGCGCUUUCCAACCUUUUGAUAAAAAGAUUUUACUAUGGGCAAAUAAAACAUUUCAGCUGUCAUAUGUUAAGAAUACUUUAAUUUGUGAUUGAGACAAAUAUUUUAGAGAUACCAAACAUGAGUAUUUUUAAGUUAUCUGCCUCUAACUUGGUGGUGUUGAGAGGUAGAUAGGCAUGAGCUACUU